AUGUCUUUGCAAUCCACUCCUAACUCUAGAAGAAGAUAUGGAACUGAGGCAAGUUCUCCUAUGCCAUAUGGAACUCCAAGAUCAUUGAUAUCUGGUGAUAGAACUCCAGGGACACCAUAUAGACAGAGACCAGAUCUAGGUAGUAGUAAUAGAAGUAGGGUGCUAACUUUACAUGAUGGCAAUCAGGAUGAAAAUCAAAAUGUUAUGUCUCCAUCUGCUACCUCAGAUAUUAGUAUUUUAGAUAAUGCAGCAGGUAAAAUGGUUAUAUGGGGCACUGAUAUUAGUAUAAAUGAGGCUCAAAUGAAAUUUAAAAAUUUUUUAAUGACAUUUACCCUCCAAAGAAAAUUUGAUGAUUUAGAUGAUACUCUUAAUGAAGAUGACAUUCAAACACCUUAUUAUUUACAAAAAAUUGAGGAAAUAAGCAUAUUGGAAGAUCCCUUUUUGGAUAUAAAUUGCCUGCAUAUUAAAAGCUUCGAUAGCGAACUAUAUAGACAGCUGAUAUGUUACCCGACAGAGAUAAUUUCUGCUUUCGACAUUGCGACUAAUGAAAUAUUUUUCGACAAAUACAUGGAUACCGUUCUGAAACAUCAGAUUCAAGUUCGUUUUUACAAUGCCCAGCGAACUUUCAACAUGAGACAAUUGAAUCCCGAAGACAUAGACAAGCUUAUAACAGUUAAUGGAUUAGUUAUACGCGUUUCCGGAAUAAUACCAGAGAUGUAUCAUGCCUUUUUCAAAUGUACCAUAUGCGAAAGAACCAUGGGUGUAGAUUUGGACCGGGGUAAAAUAAGCGAGCCUACAUUGUGCGACAAAUGCAAAAGCAACCAUUCUUUCACUCUAGUGCACAAUAGGUCUAAGUUUUCGGAUAAGCAAUACGUUAAGCUACAAGAAGCCCCAGAUGAUACGGGCUCUGGACACACUCCCCAAUCGUUGACUUGUUGGGUAUACUCGGAUUUGGUAGAUAGUUGCGAGCCAGGAGAUAGAGUGUCAGUUACCGGUAUUUUUAGGGCUAAGCCUUCUAGGAUCAACCCAAGAAAUCGGACAAUAAGAGCCAUAUACUGCACUCAUCUUGACCUGCUACAUGUGAGAAAAAUCACCAGACCUUCUGCAUUAGUAGAGGAUAACGCCGAUAAUAUGGAUAAGGAGGAAGAAAAUAAAAGAAAUAAUAAAAACGGCUGGGCCGAUGAUAAAUUCGAUGCUAUGGAACGUUUGUCUCAGAACCCCAGGCUAUACGAUAUUUUAGCUGACUCCUUAGCGCCAUCCAUUUACGAGAACGCCGAUAUCAAAAAGGGUAUUUUGCUUCAACUCUUUGGGGGUACUAAAAAAGACUUUAAGGGCAUAGGAAAAGGAAAUUGCAGGAGCGAGAUUCACAUACUGCUAUGUGGUGAUCCUGGCACUUCUAAAUCUCAAUUGCUGCGGUACGUAUAUGGCUUGGUAGACAGGAGCCAAUUUUCGUCUGGGAGGGGAUCAACUGCAGUGGGAUUAACGGCUUCCAUAAGCCGAGAUGUGGAUACUAAUCACACCGUUCUUCAAACUGGAGCGUUGGUUUUAAGUGACAAGGGUAUAUGUUGCAUAGACGAAUUCGAUAAAAUGAAUGACAGCACACGUGCAGUGCUUCAUGAAGUCAUGGAACAACAAACACUGUCAAUAGCCAAAGCAGGCAUCAUAUGUCAGUUAAAUGCUCGGACUUGCAUUUUAGCGGCCGCUAACCCAAUCGAUUCCCAAUGGAACACGAAAAAAACUAUUAUAGAAAAUAUUAAAUUACCUCAUACUUUGUUAUCCAGAUUUGAUCUAAUCUAUUUGAUACUGGAUUACCAGUCAGAAGUUUUCGAUAGAAAAUUAGCUAAUCAUUUGAUAUCACUGUAUUACGACGGAAAUUACACUAAUACCAAUGGAAGUUCUAAUAGCAAUUCCACUGGAAAUGAAUCUAAUGCUGAAAUUAUUGAUCAAAAGUUAUUGAAAGAUUACAUCAAAUAUGCUAAAGAGAAUGUUCAUCCCAAGCUUAGCCCGAUAGCUCAACAGACCCUUAUAAACGCUUAUACCAAUAUGAGAAAGAUCGGAAGCACCAAGGGUUUUAUUUCGGCUUACCCUAGGCAAUUGGAAUCUCUUAUCAGGCUUUCUGAAGCUCACGCCAAAAUGAGAUGGUCUCCAUUCGUAGAAUUAAAAGAUGUGGCAGAGGCUGAGAGAUUAUACAAGGACGCCUUAAAGCAAACUAUAACUGACCCUAGUACCGGCUUGAUAGACAUGAGCAUUUUAACUACUGGCCAAAGUUCUGAGACCCGUAAAAAGUAUGGGGAAUUACUGGAAGCUUUGAAAAGAUUGUUAGAAAGCAAAGGAAAGAGUGUAACCAUGCCCACAUUUAAACUUUUCCAGGAAUUCAAAGAGAAUUCCGAUAUUUUGAUAUCGAGAGAAAUGUUCGAAAAAGGUUUAAAGGAUCUGCAAGAAGAACAUUAUUUAGUCAUCACUGGAAAAAAUAUAAAAACUGGUUUGAAAUGA